AUGGUGUCCAUUCUGCAUCUGCUGGCUACCCUUGUAUCAUGGAUAUUUAUGAUCAUUGUGUCCGUUGUUAGUAUAGCAGGAACGGCACUCCUUUGGUACACUUAUCAUGAACUACAUACAAAAAAGAAAGAUUUUUCAGAAACAUUAUUUUUAUCGGAAUCCUUAAAAAAUGAGACGGCAUUUUUGUGGUAUUCAAUUAUUGCCACUAUUAUAACAAUUAUUUUGUUAUUGUUAGUAUGGGUGAUGCGUUCUCGUGUAUCUUUUUUGGCUGCUCUGUUUAAGGAAACAGCACAUUGUCUUGGAUCAAUUCCAGCCCUGUUUUUACAACCAAUCAUAACAUUCUUUUUUCUUAUAUUGUUCUUUACAUUUUGGUCACUAGUUGUGGUAUGCCUAGCUACUGCUAACUACCCUGGAAUACCAUUUAAGACAAAUUUUUUCAUCAAUGGAACACCUCAGCACCGUGUAGACAAUGCUGCUAUACAAGCACAAAAUAUUAACAAGAGUACAAAUUUAAAAUCUUACAUUCUAGAUCCAGUAGAAUUUGAUCCAAUGUGGGUGAAGAGCAUGUGGUGGAUGUGUCUUAUAUGCCUCAUCUGGGGUAGUGAGUUUAUUCUAGGCUGUCAGCAGAUGACCAUUGCAGGUGCAGUCUCACAUUGGUAUUUCAGAGGGUCAAAUGCCCAUCCAUCCCCAGUCCUUUACUCAAUCGGGAAACUUUUAAAAUAUCAUUUGGGUUCCGUCGCCAAAGGGUCAUUUUUAAUAACAUUAUUUAAAAUACCUCGACUUAUUCUAACAUAUUUACAUGCAAAACUGUCUUCAAGAGCUGAGAAAGGCUCAGAUUGUGCAAAGUGUGGACUCAAAUGUGGAAUUUGCUGCUUCUAUUGCCUUGAAAAAUUUAUACGCUAUCUGAACCAUAAUGCCUAUACAAUAAUUACUAUAGAGAGAUGCCAUUUUUGCAAAGCUGCUGCAAGGGCGUUUAGCACAAUUGUGAAUAACGCGUUGCAAGUGGCCACAAUCAACAGCGUGGGCGACUUCAUACUGUUCUUGGGCAAGUGCAUAGUGACUGCAGUGACCGGCAUAAUAGGCCUGUUGCUGCUAAAACGCAACUCGGACUUGCACUUCUUCGCCGUACCCACGCUCGUGAUAUGCAUUUACUCAUUCUUCAUCGCUCACUGCAUCCUUUCUCUAUAUGAGAUGGUUAUGGGAGAUGGAAAAAUUCAAGGCUGGCCGAACUCGGAGGCCAUAAAUCUGGUAAUCGUGAGAAUGAACACGAUGGCGCAGAACUCCAAGACCUACAGGAAAAGUACUGAAUUCGUAAAAUUUCGCAUCAUACAAACAGUACUACAUGAUAAAUGU